AUGAUUAAUAUGCCAAACUAUCAUUCCACUUUAAAUGAAGAAAUAGUUCUGUUUGAAAAUACUGUUUCAUUGAAAGAGAAAGAAGCUAUUGAAACCUUAUCAGAUAUCUAUUCCAUAAUAAUUGCUAUUGAUCAAGUCGAAAAGGCAUAUUUAAAGGAUUCCGUUAGUAAUGAAGAGUAUACAAGCACAGUGAAUAAGCUUCUCAUACAGUACAGGACGUAUUUAUCUAAUGACAAUGAAGAUCUACAGAGACUUUUUGGUGAUUUAAAUGCGUUUAAAGAGAGGUAUAAUAUUGUCGCUCCAAAUGCCAUAACAAGAUUAGAAAGAGGUAUUCCAGUGACUGUAGAGCAUGCUAUUGAAUCUAAUUCUCCCAAUGCAGAAAGUGGUGGCAGUAGCAACAUUGCUAAUAACGCAAAGGGGAAGCAUAUCGCUGAAGCCACAGGUAACUUUAUUACAAUAAUGGAUGCAUUAAAAUUAAAUUAUAAAGCUAAAGAUCAAUUACAUCCUUUAAUGGCAGAGUUACUAUUAUCAGUUAACAGAGUAACUCAAUCAGAUUUCGAAAAUAGAGGCAAGCUAAUUGAAUGGAUAGUUAAAAUUAACAAAAUGAAGGUUGAUGCUGUUUUAACAGAUACAGAAGCAAGAGAAUUACUAUUUGAUUUGGAUCUAGCCUACAAAUCAUUUUAUGCUCUUCUUGGCUAA